UUUAUUGAUAUUGCUAACUUCUGUGACAUAUCUGUCUGGAAAUUUCUCAAUUCACUAGUUAAAAAUAAAUCAUUAGAUUUAGCGACCAACGACAAAUAUUGAUAAAAUGAUUGUGUCUCGAUUAACCACAUUAGUUAGAUCAUCAAAUUUACUUCAAAAUUCCAUUCUAACCAAAAACUUAGUGAAGACCGCAACGAGCACAAAACAUGGUGUAAUCCUACAAGAGCCCCAGAAAACUCGCUUUGGAUUCCUCAAGAUGAUACUUACUGUUGUAUCUGGGCUCCUUAUCGGUGCUGCCAUUAGUAAAAAUAUUGCCAAUUUCCUGGAAGAGAACGAUCUCUUUGUACCCUCAGAUGACGACGAUGAUGAUGAUUAGGACAAUUUUUAGCAUCAUUUAAAUUAAUUUAAUAAUAAAUUAUAACCAGUGUUGUGCUGUUACUUUUUAUUUAUAUAAUAUAGGCAUAUAUUACAUUGUGCGCUAAUAAAUAAGUACAAAAACUGUUAA